AUGUCAGGAAGACCAUCAUAUAAAGAAGCACAACAACGUUUAAUGAAAUGGUGUCAAAAUGUAACAAAAGAUUAUGAGAAUGUAAAAAUUACCAAUUUUACGUCUAGUUUUGCUGAUGGUCUAGCAUUUUGUGCUAUUAUUCAUCAUUAUUAUCCCGAUUCGUUUGACUAUAAAGCACUGAUACGAGAUGAGCAUAAAAUAAAUUUUGAUCUUGCAUUUCGUAUUGCUGAAGAACGAGCCCAAAUUCAUCCAUUACUUGAAACGGAAGACAUGUUAAAAAUGGGAAAUGAACCGGAUAAAAAAUGUGUAUUUACUUAUUUAUUAACAAUGCACAAUCAUUUGAAACAUCAUGAAAGAUAA